CGCCGUCAGUCCGCCGGGUAACGUGGCGGCGCUGCGCUCGUGUGCGAGGAGUGGCUCGAGCUGUCACUGUUCAUGUAGUUUUCUGUGAUAAGAAAAACUGUGAAAUUAAUAGUUUAGCGAACUAAUUUACACAAAUCACGAUGUCCGCGUCGGGUGAAUUCGGUAAUCCUUUACGCAAGUUCAAGCUAGUGUUCCUGGGCGAACAGAGCGUGGGGAAGACGUCGCUCAUCACUAGAUUCAUGUAUGAUAGCUUUGACAACACUUAUCAGGCAACAAUUGGCAUAGACUUCCUCUCGAAGACCAUGUAUCUGGAAGACCGCACAGUGCGACUACAGCUCUGGGACACGGCGGGCCAGGAGCGGUUCCGCUCACUCAUCCCCUCCUACAUCCGGGACUCCACUGUUGCUGUGGUCGUCUACGAUAUAACCAACGCAAACUCAUUCCACCAAACCUCCAAAUGGAUCGACGACGUCCGCACCGAGCGCGGCUCUGACGUCAUCAUCAUGUUGGUCGGCAACAAGACCGACUUGUCGGACAAGAGACAGGUUUCCACCGAGGACGGGGAUCGCAAGGCGAAGGAGCUUAAUGUGAUGUUCAUAGAGACUUCUGCUAAGGCGGGAUAUAACGUGAAACAGUUGUUCCGACGAGUGGCGGCCGCUCUGCCCGGUAUGGACUCCGCUGAGAGCAAGCCUCCUGAAGACACUGUGGACCUGCAGACGCAGUCGCCGAUGGGCUCGGAGCAGGAGGGCAGCGAGGGCGGCUGCGUCUGCUGAACAACCCCCCGCACUGCACGCUACUCACGGAGCAUCCAAGAUUUGUUAGGUUUAAGUGGUCUACGCUCGCCAAAUAGAAGAAUACCAGAAGAGUGAGAGGGAAUGGAACGGGAUGUUCGUCUUCGGAUAAGGCAGGGUUCGGAUAAACGCAACACACGCGACUUUAUACAAACCUCAUCCUUGCGUUUGCAACUUUCGCAGGUGUAUGGUUUGAUGAUUUA